UUUGUGUGCAAUCAGAAAUACCUCAAGAUACAGCAGUGCAAGGUGUGUUUGUUUUCUGUUCUCUCUUCAGAGAGGUUGUUUAGUUUGAUGGCAGUUGGUUUGGUCCUGCUUGAAGAGGAUUGUUGGAUUUAAGUUAUUCAUUCUGUCAGAAUCAGGAAUGGUGUGCUGCAGGUCCCCAGCAGCGUGGCUUCAUCUUGUCUUCAUGCUGACUCCCAAUGGAGUCCUGUCCCUUGAUAUCCUGUACCCCUUUGGUUUGGCGUUCAGAGACUCUGAGACCCCUAAGAUGGAUGAUGGGAGCUCUACAGAAGUUCCCCUGCUCAUCCAGUUCAUCUUCUUCAACAUGCCUUACCGCUCCAUCUUCGUGAACAACAACGGGGUGAUCUCAUUCAACGUGCAGGUGAGCCAGUUCACCCCCGAGGCCUUCCCCUUGACAGACAGCCGCUCCUUCAUCGCCCCCUUCUGGGCGGACGUGCACAACGGGAUCCGCGGAGACGUGUACUACCGUGAGAGCACCGACCCUGACAUCCUGCAGAGGGCAACGCUCGACAUCCGGAGGUACUACAAGAGCUCCUUCAGCGCCAGCUGGGUCUUCAUCGCCACCUGGCACCAGGUCACCUUCUAUGGGGGCAGCCAGGGCACGCCGGUGAACACCUUUCAGGCCGUGCUGAUCUCAAACGGGACCGCCUUCUUCGCCAUGUUCAACUACGGGGAUAUCUCCUGGACCACCGGCACUGCCAGCGGGGGAGACCCCCUCACUGGACUCGGGGGCACUGCAGCACAGGAUUCUGCGAUCCUGGAUGACCCAAUGGAGUGCAGCCGAGGAGAACGACUGGCCAUCACCCUAGCCAAGGAGGCCAUCAACCGGGCCACUGACCGCUCUGUGACUGCCAAGCUGGAGGUGGACAUUUUCGAACUGCUGAGGGACAGCGAGUACGAGACCGGAGAGACCAUGUGCCAGAUUUUGUCCAAAGGGGUUGUUGGCGUUCUUGGUCCAUCUGCAAGUCCAGCUUCCAAUUCCAUCAUCAGCAAUAUCUGUGGAGAGAAAGAGGUUCCGUAUCUCAAGGUUGCUCCUGACGACAUUCUGAAGGUCCAGUUCCAGAGGUUCACCACUCUGAACAUGAGACCCACCAACACAGACAUCAGCAUGGCUGUCACUGGGCUCCUCAAAUUCUUCAACAGCACCACUUCCUGCCUCAUCUGCGCCAAACCUGAGUGCCUCCUCAACCUGGAGCGAUUGCUCCGUCAGUUCCUGAUCUCGAAAGACACGCUGUCAGUGCGCAUGCUGGAUGACAGCCAGGACCCCACGCCGCUGCUCAAGGAGAUCCGCGAUGACAAGACCGCCACCAUCAUCGUGGAUGCCAACGCAACCAUAUCCCACACCAUCCUGGAGAGGGUGCUACAGGGACAGGAAGGCAUCCUCUUAAUGAAGCUAUUUUUGGAUAUCGUCAAUCAGACUCCACCUGGGGUUGUGGGAGACUGGGAGAGUGAUGCUGCCUAA